AUGGCCUGGGUCACUCUCCUUCUCUCCCUCUUGGCUCACUGUGCAGGAUCCUGGGCCCAGUCUGUGCUGACUCAACCGCCCUCAGUGUCCAGAAACAUGGGCCAGCAGGUCACCAUCUCCUGCACUGGGAGCAGCACCAACUUUGGCAGUUACUCUGCAGGCUGGUACCAACAACUUUCAAGCCAACCCCCUAAACUCCUCAUCUAUGCUAAUAACCAGCGACCCUCAGGAAUCCCAGACAGAUUUUCAGGUUCCAAGUCUGGCAACUCAGCCUCCCUGACCAUCACUGGGCUUCAGGCAGAGGAUGAGGCUCAUUAUUUCUGCCAGUCCUAUGACAGCAGCCUGAGUGAUCACACAGUGCUCCAGGCCUGCAGGGAACAUCUUCUGGAGUUCGACAGCAGAUUCCUGGGCCUGCUCUUGGUCAUUACUGUCUACCUUGAAGAUGAGGCCCUGAGUGUUCUGAAAUUGGUGCCUCCACAGAGGUCGAAUCUUGUCUUGGCUCCCACGUCCCAGACUCCGAAAAUUGUGGUCUUUCCAGCUGCAUGCAAGCCAACCAUGAGGAUCCGCAUCUGCUUCUUCCCCAAGAUCCACGAGAAAAGCACGGACAUGGUGAAGCCAUGGGAGACAGGCAGGGGGCAUGGGUGCAUGGUGCAGACUGGAGGCUGCUGCCCGGGGGGCAGGAGAAAGAGGCACCGCCCUGUGUCGUGA